AUGACUCACUUCUGUAAACACAACCCGCCAUCAUUUGAGGGAACAUUUAAUGUUCAAGCAACGGAAGAUUGGAUUAACCUUCUAGAGAAGAUCUUUAAAGUAUUAGACUGCUCAUCAGAGCGAAAAGCCCAGAUGGUAAUAUAUAGGCUAGAGAAAGAUGCUGAUCGCUGGUGGAAGAAUACUGAAAUUCUUCUGGAUGCUCGGAACACAAGGGUAACUUGGGAAGUGUUCUUGGAGCAUUUCUGUGAGAAGUAUUUUCAAAGAUCCAUCCGAGACGAAAGGGAAGCAGAAUUCCUAACCCUGAAGCAGAGAGAUGAUGAGCUAUUUGAUGAGUACCUGGCUAAGUUCAUCUGUCUCUCUAAUUACUCAAGUUAUCUUCGCUACGGAAACGACGAGAGGUGGAUGAUAGAGAAGAUGGUUCGAGGACUAAGGCAGUCCUUGAGGGAGAUGAUUGCUCCUAGACAGUUUAAGCAGUUCAAUAAGGUGGUCGAGGCUUGCUGA